AUGGUUAACAUCACCUUGCACGUCCUGGCAUCCAUUCUCGUCUACGUGCUCGUUGGCAGGAUGGGAGCCUCUCCAUCGACCCCAUCAUCCUCCAUCUGGGAUGAAAGCACAGUGGCAGCCUCAAUAUUCGCUGUUCAUCCUGUACAUACCGAGGCGGUAGCGAAUAUCUCUGGUAGAGCCGAGCUACUGAUGAGCGUCUUCGUGCUGGCAGCACUUCUCCACUACCAGCGAUGCCUGCAAUACGGUGUUUUCAACAAGCGCAACGUUGUCAUCUUCUCAUCACUGGUUGUGCUUGCAGUUUUUAGCAAAGAGCAAGGCAUCACCGUACUUUGGGCAUCCUACAGUCACCUAUGGCUCAUAAAUCUCCGCCUUCUUGUGCUACCAUACUCCCUGUGUUUCGACUACUCAAUGGGAUGUGUACCAGUCGUACAAAGCUGGACGGAUUUCCGUGCUCUGGCGCUGCCAGUUGUGAUCGCCGUAGUUCUCGCAACUGCAUAUGCCCUUCUCAAGACGAGUGACCGACUCUUUCGCGUUGGUGUUACCAUCGGUGCUAUUACAUUUCUACCGGCAAGCAAUCUGCUCGUUACUGUUGGCUUCACCAUUGCUGAGAGGGUGCUCUACCUGCCGUCAGUAGGAAUGUGUAUUCUCAUGGCCAAAGUGUUCGAUAUGGUUCAGCGUCGGGUCAGGAAUGCUGAGAAAAUCUUUGUGGCGAUUCUGGUAGUCGCUAUCACAAUGAGCUAUCAGCGGCUCGAAGAAUGGCGCCAGAAAGCUGGACUUCUACGCGAGGCGGGCUAG